CAGGUCUGCUGUUUACAAUAGAGAUGCACAUUCUUGCUAUUGAUUGAAUUCAACAGCAGUUGUAGUUCUGCCUGUGGAUAAACCAGAUUCCAGUAGGCUCAUUGCUAUAAGCACAAACAAAUUCACACCUGGAUUCUAUAUGCUUGGCAGGAUAUGCAUGGGGAAAAUCUAGGCUUGAAAGUUAUUCUUGAACAGAGUUUGGAACUUCUGCCCAUCUCUAGUUUGCUGGAGAUACAGCUCCUGAUGGCAUUGACUUAGCAACAGCAACUCUAUUGACCACUAGAGGUACUGGGAUAGGGAUAGUGCGUGAGGGUAUUGCCUCUCUGACUAUGGUUUCUCUAUUCUACUUCCCAUUUAUUAUUUAUUUAUUUGUCACAUUUGUACACCACCCCAAACUUUAGUCUCUGGGUGGUUAACAAUAGCAUAAAGCAAGUUAAAAUAUAUACAAAAACUUAAAACAAUUCAACAAUUUAAAAAUCAUCCACAAAUUAAAACCUUAACAUUUUAAAGAACUGAAAAAGCUUGGGUGAAGAGGUGGGUUUUCAAAUGCUUUCUAAAAAUGCUCAGAGAUGGGGAGGAUCGUAUCUCAGUAGGGAGCACAUUCCACAGUCUUGGGGCAGCAACCGAGAAAGCCCGCCCCCGUGUGGCCACCGGCCAAGCUGGCAGCAACUGGAGACGGAUCUCUCCGGAUGACCUCAAUGGGCGGUGGGGAUCAUAAUGAAGAAGACGCUCUCUUAGAUACCCAGGGCCUAAGCCAUUUAGGGCUUUAUAAGUUAUGACAAGCACUUUGUAUUUUUCCCGGAAACCUAUUGGCAGCCAGUGUAACUCUAUCAACAAAGGAGUGCUUGUGCCUGGCAUGUUGGGAUGAGAGAGGGGGAAGUUCUCCUGCUCCCGGCUUCAGCCUCGACCACACUGCCGCGUGGUGUGGUGAAGGCACAGAUGACUUCUGCUUGUCUGUCUUGUCAAGUUCCUGCCUUCCCUGAAGCCCUCAGAAGCGGCGGCCAGAGGUUGUGUGCGCGAUCCCCGUGUAUAAUUUUCCCCUAACUACAUGCAGAGUUUCAACUGAUAUUUGGCUGCAGAGGGGUUUACUUCUGAGAAUUUGCCUCCGCAGAAUUCUUUGACAAAAUUCAAAGGACCUCUUACUUUCCUCACCAGCAUCAAUCCAAAGGGAGAUAACCAAGUAGAUUCUCAUGGAACCUCCUUAUAGCUCAAUUGCCUUUGGCCAAUACAAAUUUGCUGUCAGCGUCUGCCUUAUUUUACUUACUUUUAGAUGUCCUACACAUCAUGGGCCAACUCAAACAACUAUGCUAAAAUUUUAGAGGUAUUAUCACCACUGGUUGUUUGAACGGUAGACUCCUUUUCCAGGUAACUUGCUCUCUUUUCUUCAGAAAAUGACAUCUCUCUUCAAAUAUACUUGAGUAACUUUUGGCUGUUGUGUAAUCCCCUAGGAAUUUAGUCAGUAAGCAUCCUGUGCAAUCACUUAACUUGGAGAACUACAACAAUGGCAACAAUGUAUAUAAUUUUAUUUGUAACAGUUACAAAUGUGUAACUUGCUUUCAUGAAAUCGACCAAGUCAACUUCGUUACCAACACAGAUGUAAACACUGCUCUCUGUCUGACCUUAUUGAAACUAAUCACUUAUGCUUUUUAAAAAUCAAUCCUAUAAUAUACAGCUCUUACAGAUAUUUUUCAGGUAGCUCUUAGUUUUUCCAAAUUUCUCUCCAGUCUCAUAACUCUUUCUCCACUGACUUUUUGAAUUGCCCUACUCACCCCAGAACCCAGCUGUCCAAACCAGCCUCCACCCUGUAAAAUUAACCAAUCUCACACAAGAUCAAAACCCAUUCACUGAUCAUAUCGAAAUUUCUUCCUUUGCCAGCCAAUGGGAAUAGCAUGCUUUUCAUCUCUUAUGUUUCCCCACAAGCACAAUCUUAUCCCCUGUUUCCCCCCUAAAUUAGAUUUCUCUACGCCCCACGACAUACAAUAUAUGUUUUUGCAUCUGUUUACAUUACCUUUUUCUAAACAUAUCCCAUUUUUCUAAUCUGCAACUGAAGAAUCCGCUUUUUGUUGCAGUAUUAUAUUAUACAAUACGUAUCAUAAAGGAGAUGAUGUGAUGAGAAUAUAUUUUUAAGUACUAGAGCUUACAGAAAGUUCCUGCGAAGCAGUAUAGGUUAGCCAGUUGGCACAUAGUGACCAGGGACACACGAAAAGAGCCACUUGGAUUCAGUGUACUAUUUAAUCUUUAAAUAAAACAUUUGUUUAUGAAGUGACUGCUGCACAAAGUAAUGCCUGAAUGAUAACACUACACAUGCUCUCUUACCCUUUUGCUUUGUCUUCCUCUCAUUUGAAAAAGUCACAUUGAAUCAUAGCAACACCCCAUUUAAUUCAUGGUCAUGGGAAUCCCCACAGUCUGGCUUCUAACACUGUUGUUAUCAUUCUUCCUGAAUGAUCCCCCCCCUUUUUUUUCAUGGCUUAAAAGGCUUCCAUGCCAAUCCUUUAAAGCACAACACAGUUGCUUGAUUCUGCACAAAGACUUAGCAUAAUUCCCAGGCAUGAGAUACAAGGUCAAGGGUUCAUUCCUCUAGAAGCUCAGCCCUUCCUACAUUCAUUCAAGAGGGAAGCAGAGGAGCAGGGAUGUAUAUUAUCUAGGCCCUUCACAACGGAUGUGUGCAAGUCUGGGGCCUGUGGCGUGUUGGAACUUGUGACCAAGCGAACAUCACAGAUUUGCCACGGUGUCCAAAGGGGUGGCUACAUGAACAUCUGACCCAGGAGGGUCUUUCCUUACAAGAUGAAGACUGGGUGCGACGCAGCUUCUAGUGAGAAGCCGAGAUUUCUUUACUUUGCCGUCUGCUGUGCCUGCUGGAGAGGCUAAAGAGAUUGCAUCUCGAGGAUAUCCUAAAAGAAAGUGAGAAAAGGCUGCUCUCCUAGGAAUUCAGUAUGGCCUUCACUUGGAAGAACGCUCAAGAAUUCUACUACUGGAUUCUUGACAAUGGAGACCCAAGGACAGAUCCCUGGCCACUGGUUUACUCUCCACUUCCAGUCAUUUUCAUCUUUACUCUGUAUCUCGUCAUAGUAGCAGCAGGGCCACAUAUCAUGCAGAAGCUGGAGCCACUGAGGCUGAAAGCCUUCCUUGUGGUCUAUAACCUGUCAAUGGUGCUGUUGUCAGUGUUCAUGUUCUAUGAGUUCCUGAUGACAUCAUUUCUGGCCAAUUACAACUACCUCUGUCAGCCAGUGGAUUACAGCCAGAGUGAGCUGGGGAUGCGGAUGGCAAGAGUGUGCUGGUGGUUCUUCUUCUCCAAAGUCAUUGAGCUGCUUGAUACGAUUCUCUUCAUUCUGAGGAAAAAGAAUGAGCAAGUGACUUUUCUACAUGUCUACCACCAUGGCACCAUGCUCUUCAACUGGUGGGCUGGGGUCAAAUAUGUGCCUGGAGGACAAGCCUUCUUCAUUGGGAUGCUAAACUCCUUUGUGCACAUCUUCAUGUACCUCUACUAUGGGCUGGCUAGCCUGGGACCAAAAAUGCAAAGCCACUUGUGGUGGAAACGCUACCUCACGAUCCUGCAACUGUUCCAGUUUGUGGCCAUCGCUAUCCACUCCUCCUACAACCUGUUCACAGAAUGCCUAUUCCCAGAUGGGUUCAACCUGGCUGUCUCCAUCUACAUUCUCAGCCUGAUUGUUCUCUUCUUAAACUUCUAUUACUGGACCUAUAUAAAAAAGCAGAAAAAAGCAUGCUGAAGGAAACUGACAAAUGUUGAUGCUGCCUCUGGAAUUUGCUGAGGUCUUUGACUCUCUUAGUGCCAAUUGCUCCAAGAUGAUGCUCCUGCAAUGGUGAGAGAGGAUUAUACAAGCCUUUUCACAGUUGCUCUAUUAGUUUGUCUCAAUGGGACUGGAAAUGAAGAAGGCACAGAAUACUCAGUUGCACUGAGGAACUUAGCCUUCUGAUGGCUGAACAACACUCUUGAAAUGCAACCCGUGUAGUUUGAAACUGGGUGGCUCAUUUAUCAUAGAGUCUGGUCUUAAUGGCCAGUUCUCUCACUAAAAGCAACAUCUUUGUUUUCAAGAGGGCUGCUGAAUCAAAGUGUGAACUAACCAGCCCAUCUUAGGAACAUCAGUAAUGCCUUGCUGAAUCAGACUGAGGUCCACCUUGCUUAGCAUUCGGUUUCCAGGAAUGGCCAAUCUGCUGUGUGCACUUGCAAAGUAGGGCAUAGGAGUGACUGCCUUCUCACAUUGUUGGGAUUGCUACAUCAAACCUGUGUCUUUUUAAAAGCCACGGAAUGGUAUAGCAGUACCUGCUGCUGUAGUGUUGUUGCUCUGAGCAGAUCUGCCUGGUCAGUAACCUGAACAGGUAAGCACUGAAAGUCUCAUGUAAGUUGCUCUGAACUUUGUAAAGAAAGAGUAGCACACACAUUAAAUAAAAUCUAAGCACAAAGUUA